CAAUUUAUUUUCGAGUUGUUGCGUCUGCUGAAUGCGUUCGUCUUGUAUUUCAUUGUUUAUUGACAACAACUGAUAUUUCUCAAUUUUCUGACAAGCCAAACGAGUUUAAUUAUUAACUCACGGGUCGUUACACGCGGCUUGGCGCGGUUAAUACCGCUUGAAAGACUGGAAGGACAGUUUUAACAUGUGUGGUCCGUUUUAACGCUCACAGUGUUUAGAUUAAAACACGACGAAGGCAUGAGCGAAGCGUUCAAACAGCCUAAAGGAUGAAUCGCGUACAAGUGGAUUUUAAAGGGUUGCCAGCCCACAUCUUGGAGAAGUGUGUUAGAGCAGAAACCCUUCAAAACCUCAGGUCUUCGGACAAUGUCCUUACUCCACUGACAUUCCCAAAAUCUAAAGUCUCUCUCUGGGAUCCAUCUCCCAGUGGUGAUGUUGUCAGUCUGCAUUUCUCAUAUUACAGGAAUCCGAGACUGUUACUUGUGGAAAAAGCAUUACGUUUAGCUCACCGGCAUGCUAGACAGACAAACAAGCCUCGGUUUUUCUGUUUCCUGCUCGGGACGCUGGCAGUAGACUGUGAUGAGGAAUGUGUGACGAUAACCCUGGAUCGUUUUGAUCCGGGCAGAGAGCAGACGGGAUGUCCUGGGAAAGCUCCAACUGCCCUUCUCCCCGGAGACAUCCUUGUGCCAUGUGUAUUUGAAGCCCAGCAUGCUACUGGCAGCACAGUGCACUCGAGGGAGGAUUUGAACAUCUUGUUUAAGAUGCUUCAACAUUGCUGCUGCAGUAAAGAGAUUCUGGAGUUGUCCAAACUCCUCACCUUGCGAGCUCGUCUCAGCUGCUCUGAGAACAUGGACAGACUCACCUUUGACCUGUCCUGGGCGGCUGUCACUUUGGCCUGCAUGCUCGAUGCCGUCCCUGUCCGGGCAGUGCCCGUCAUCCCAACCGCACUGGCCAGGAACCUCAGCAGUCCUGCAGGUGUGACCCAAAACAGCAGGAAACGUGGGUUUCUUACCAUGGAUCAGACCAGGAAACUUCUCCUCAUACUUGAAUCUGAUCCCAAGGCUUACACUUUCCCGCUAGUAGGAAUAUGGUUGAGUGGUGUUACACACAUCUAUAAUCCCAUUGUGUGGGCGUGGUGUCUGAGGUACCUGCACAGCUCCGCCCUCCAAGACAAAAAAAUAAAUCAAUCCUUGCCCUCAAUGAGAAGAUCAAGAGAAGGCUCAUCAGCAUCAUCUGCAUCAUCGUCUUCAUCCUCUUCCUCAAAGAAUGCUGCUUCGCCCAAUGGCUCUUUUCAUCAACAAAGGCAGCGUUCUUCCCAAGGUUUCCUGACCAAACCCCAGCCAAUUUAUUCCGGACCCCCAACAUCAGCUCACAGCAGUGUCAGAAAGAGUUCAGCAAUGCCUAGCCAGACCCCCAUUCAUCAUUCGUCUCAACACAGGCUCUUCCAUAGCACCCCAGCUGCCAACCCUUGCAGCUGCUGCACCAACCAACCCAGCCACGUCCCCUUGUAUCAAAACAACACCUGGCAAGGGACACCAUGUGUCCCCAUAGUCAACACCAACAAAGGUUUUGUUGAGCAAGUCCUGUCCUGUCAAACCCAGUGCUGCCAAGUCCAGUCUAGCCAGGUAGCAUGCUUAGACACCCCCAUAGGUCUCCUUCCUGCUGAUGCUUACAAGAUGCUUAUGGAUCAAGAGCGUCAGUUGAAGCUGCUUCAACUCCAGAUUCAGAAACUACUUGAGUCUCAGAGCAAAACACCUCCGGUAUCAUCUGCAGAACAUGACACUCAGCAGGAAAGAGACAAUCAGACACCCACAUCUCCACCGAAACGAACGAGUGUCAGUGUUGCUGUAGGAACAGGGGCUAGCUUGUUUUGGAACACCUCUCAGGAGGCCUCCACACAUGAAGCCCCAAAUCUGGAUUGGCAAACUGAGAUAGACCCAAAGUCUGGAGGUCAAAAUGACAGUAAAGUCACUUCCAGACUCGGAUCCGAAAAUGCAUGUCAUUACACCGAAGAGCGCAGUCCAGGAUCUCCUCUACAUCCAACAUCUCCAAAACCCAACAUGUCAUCUGGUUUCGGAGCCCAUUCGUUUCAGAGUCCAGUGUUGGGGGAGAGUGCUAGCAUGUAUUAUAACUCUCAGUCACAGAGUAACGAUCUGUCUGAAAACCGAGAAAUUGACAACCCAAGAUUUUACCAUGAACUACUGGGUCGGGUGCAAAGUCGUCUACAAGACUCCGCAAUUGUAGAAGAAAAGGUAGAGCAAGACAAACAGAGUGUCCCAAAAAGACAAAGUAUGUCCCCUGUAGGCCUUCAAUCUAAGAAAUCACCGACAUCUUCCAUACCCCAAACUCAAAAAACGAAGCACAGAUCCAGUCUUCCAUAUCAGGACCGUGUCUUAAGUGCAACAUUAAGACAGCUCCAACAGUUCGGGGUGAACAUAAACAUAGACUCUGCCCAGGAAAAGACGAUACGUGCAACUGUGGAAAGUGCCAGUACCCUUGCCUGCAUUAACCCAGAGGCGGUGAUUCCAAGACUAGCUCUUUCUGAACCAGUGGGGACCAGCAUUUGGGGACCAAGCGGCAGUGUAGACCUUAGCCUUGAGGCCAAUGCCAUUGCACUUAAGUACUUAAGCGACUCGCAACUGUCAAGACUCUCAUUGGGCAGUCAAUCCUCAGGCCCAUGUCUAGACCCUAGCGCGAUGCUCUUGAGAAGACCCGUUGCAGAAAAGAGCAGCGUUGGACUCGGUAUACUGUCCCCCAGCAAUAUGUCUCUAGCUACCUGUAAGUACAUGAAGAAAUACGGACUGAUUGAAGGAGAAAACAGCAGUGAAGAAGAGGACACCGUCCUGGUAGACUCAGCUCUCGGGUGUUCUGUACAGCAUGAAACAUCCAAGUAUGUGAGCAUUAAGCAAGACCGUGAAGACCAGAGUGCUGCGGUUCUAAAAAACAUUACAAACAAGCCAGUCGCCAAUCUCCACAUGUCUCCCAUUGACUCUCAAGAGCAGCUAAUCCUAGACUUGCGGCCCAAAAUGCAGCUGCUUAUGUGUGGCGGGACAAACCCAAAGAAGAAGAAUGAUGCAAAGAAAGGUCUGACUCAACGUAGGUCCUCGCUAACUGAAAACCAGAGGACGCAGGAAGUCACGGAGCCUGAAGGGUCAGUGGGAAAUUUUCUGGAUCUGAGUAGGUUACGCCAGCUCCCCAAGCUCUUCUAAAAUGCAUCAUGGGGGUUUUCCAAACAGAUCCCUUUAACACACCAACAACUCAAGAAAUGUCAGUUUGUUUUAAACCCAUCCUCGAAGAUUUAUCUUCCAUUGUUCGUUUACAUAGUAUAACACGAUUUUAUUUUUAAAAGUGUACAGACUCUUUUCUUCGAAAGCUUUUAAGUGUUUUGUUGUCUAACUUUUCAUCUUGUCACCUUAACGUUAUUUCCUGUCAUAUGCAGGCUUAAAAGUUUUUACAUGUUUACCUGAUGACUCCUUAUGUGUCAUGUACUGUAUGAGUAAAGUGCCUUGUAUGAAGUGACUCACUUAAGGCAGUAUUGUUUACUAAUUUUAACUUUCCAAAUUUUGUCUCGUUUGUGCCAUUACUUGACUGUUGAUCUCAAAUUGACAUGAACCGUUUCCGAGGGAAAGUUACUGUUGAGUUUUUAUCCUUUUGUGUUUUGUAUGUUCUUUUUAGAUGACUUUAGGUACAUGUAUGUGUCCAUAAUU